AUGGCUAACCUGCCGGCCCCGCCGCCGCCCGGCUACUCCGAGCGCCACGCCGCCAUCGUCGCCGCCAAGGUCACCGCGUCCACGACCUCCUCCGCCUCUACCCCUACUCUAGCUCUACCUCCACCAAGAGCACCUCCUCAACCAUCCGGCUGGCGUCCAGGUCCAAACAACCGGGGCAAAAACCCUAGGCCGCCGCAGUUCCGCACGGCCCUCGCUGCUGCUCCGCCCCUGGCUCCACCAACUGCGCCACCACCUCCUCCGGCUUCAUCAACUGCACCACCGCCGCCGCCCGGAUGGCGCCCAUCUCUUGAUCCAUGGACAGGGCUAGUCCAGGCGUGGCCUAUGCCCUGGUCCGCCCCUAUGCCAUAUGGUACCCCGCCUGCCUAUACCGGUGGCGUGCAGCCCGGUGCUCGCCCUCACACCGGCGCGCCCAUCCUCGCGCCCCGACAGCCGACGGCCGCGUACCACGUUGCUCCCUUCUACGCGCCACCAAUCUACAACACCAGUCCUUAUGCAUCAUAUGGCGCUCCAUCGCCCCCCUACAUGCAGCAGUACAAUGAUGGUGUCUCUCUCUUUACGCUGAUGCCGGCCCUACCGCCGAUGCCACCACACCCGCAAGCGCCCAUGACUACACUGGCCUCUACUUCGACUCCGAGCUGGGACGAAGCUGUUUUUCUACAAGCCAUGAACAACUUUGAUGCACAAGGGAACUCAGAUUUAGGUCUUCUUCACCACUUCUUAGGUAUUGCUGUUAUCCGUGACUCCUCUGGUGUUUUCUUGUCUCAACGCCAGUACACUCUGGAUCUUCUUUCUCGUGCUGGUUCCAAAAUCUCAGUUGACGGUGAUCCUUCCUCUGAUCCUUCUCUUUAUCGUAGUCUUACCGGUGCACUUCAGCAGGUUACAGUCUCCCGCUCGUCUGCUGAAGCUGAGUACCGCGUUGUUGCUCAUGCGGUUGCUGAAACGGGAAUCCGGUUCAACACCGCCGCACCAAGCAUAUUGAGAUGGGAGCAACUAGUAUAG